AUGACUCGCUGUAUUCACUGUACUCGAUGCAUUCGUUUUGCUAAUGAAGUUGCUGGUGUUCCUGACCUUGGUUCUACCGGGCGUGGUUCUGAUAUGCAAGUUGGGACUUAUGUAGAAAAGUUAUUUGCCUCAGAAUUGUCUGGAAAUGUUAUUGAUUUAUGCCCAGUUGGCGCUUUGACUAGCAAACAAUAUAGUUUUAUUGCCCGUCCAUGGGAGACACGCAAAACUGAAAGUAUAGAUGUUAUGGAUGCUCUUGGAUCUAAUGUAGUUGUUUCUCAUCGUACCGGUGAAGUUCUACGAAUAAUACCGCGAAUGAAUGAUGAAAUAAAUGAGGAAUGGCUGUCAGAUAAAGGUCGGUUUAUUUGUGAUGGAUUAAAAUUGCAAAGAUUGCUGCAACCGAUGAUUAAAAAUGACCAAGGAGUUUUAAUACCUUGUAAUUGGGAAGAAGCACUUUUUAUGAGUGCCCAAAAACUUCGUCAAACUCCACCUAGCGCCAUUGCUUGUCUUGCUGGUUCUUUAGUUGAUACAGAAGGGUUGUUGGCACUAAAAGAUUUGUUAAAUCGUUUUGACAGUGAAAAUAUUUUUAGUGAAGGUGAAUUACCAAAUUCGUGUGGAGGAAUUGAUUUGAGGUUUUCUUUUAACUCUCUCGCUUAUUUUUUCAUUUUAAGAUCAAAUUAUCUUUUCAACGACAAAAUUACUUCAAUAGAAAAUUGUGAUUUGCUUCUUCUUGUCGGUACAAAUCCUCGUUAUGAAGCUCCAGUUUUAAAUGCCAGAAUUCGCAAAGCUUUUAUUUAUUCUGAUAUGGAAAUUGGAGUGAUUGGAAGCAAUGUUGAUUUAACUUAUGAAUAUCAUUAUUUGGGGUCGAAUUCUUCUAUUUUGGAUGAUUUAAUUGAUGGAAAAAAUGCGUUUUUUAAAAAAUUGUUGGCAGCACAAAACCCUUUAAUUAUUGUUGGAUCGCAAGCACUUGAAGGUAAUGGUACUGAUAUGCUGCAUUGUAAAUUACAACAAUUGGCUCAAAUUAUUCAAAAUAAAUUAUCGGAACGCAAAAUUGAUUCGCCGCCGAAAAUUCUAAAUGUUUUGCAUGGAAAUGCUAGUCAAGUUGCUUCUUUUGAUCUCGGUUAUAAGCCCUUUAAUCUUUUUGAUUCAAAACUGAAGAAAUCAAUAAAACUGCUUUAUUUGUUUGGUGCAGAUGAUAAACACAUUUCUAAAAAAGAUUUUCACGAAGACGUUUUUGUUAUUUAUCAAGGUCAUCAUGGUGAUUCGGGAGCAGAAAUUGCUGAUAUAAUUUUGCCUGGAGCUGCAUAUACAGAAAAGGAGGCUACAUGGGUAAAUACUGAAGGACGACCUCAGCGAGGUUAUCCUGCUGUUACACCACCUGGAGAUGCUCGUGUGGAUUGGAAGAUUAUUAGGGCAUUAAGUGAAGUGGCCGGUAAAAAAUUGCCUUACGACACAAUUACUGAAACUCGACAACGUUUAUCAGAGGUAGCUCCACAUCUGUCUCGCUAUGGUCAAGUUGAAGACGCAAAUUUCUUUCGACAGGCUUUUACUCUUUCAAAAGAAGAAGCAGCAAAGACAACGCAUCAACCAAAAAGUUUGGAACCGAAGCAACAGUCUUUGCCUGAUUUUUGGUUAACAAAUUCAAUUACUAGAGCAUCUCCAACAAUGGUCCAAUGUGUAAAAGCAUCUAAGGAAUAUGCUGUUCAGCCACAUACAGACCCGCUAAGGCUUAAAUGCCUUUCUGCAUAG